AUGCGCGAGAAGCGAAAAAUUCCUCCCCGUGGUGGAGAAUCCGCCGCAAAGAGAAAGCUUUCAGAGGCAGCUCUCAAACGGGACACCACCCCGGCGAAGAGAAAAGCAUCUGCUACGCCCACUAUCGCUUCGCUGCCGGAGCCUGAGAAGAGGGUCCUCCCCACAAAGAUUGAAGAUGGAAGCCCGUUGCCUACUCUUACCAAACCGCAACCAAGCACCCUGUCACCGGAGGAGUUUCAGUCCUACGCUGAGAGCGCUGUAUUGUCUGCUGCUCUGCAAAGGUCAAGGAUAAGAUGGCUUAAUGACUGCAUAUUUGAGAAAUACUGGACCAAACCAUCCAAGAAGAAAUCACAGCCCCAACCACGGCAGAACCCCCCACGAGAAUCCAUGAGUAAACUGGGACCCUGCAAUAUCAUUAUCGAACCUCAUCACUUCGAAGCCAUGUUAUUUACCGUUCGAAACCCGCUAGCCCAACAGCCAAUCCAAUAUGCUCCUCCCCAGCGACCAAUUGUGCAAUACACCCCGCCAAAUAAUUUCUACCGGUACCAACCCCAACCCCAACCCCCCGGCCAGCCACGCCAGCCUUACUCUCCAGGUCUCCAUACUUCCCCUAUUGCUACUGCACCCCCACCCCAGCAGCUACCUUCGCAGAGCCGCCUUGAACAAUCUCACAACAAUGCGCCUCCCCCUUCCACCCAAUCCAUCCGACAGUCACGACCUGAAGGGCCGAAUCCACCUUCACAGAAUCGUAUUCGUCAGAACUACCCUGCAAAAAGCGAGCCUAUGCAAAACACUCCUGCCAAGAACCCACCAGAGCAAUCCCAACCCGUGAAAACGAGCCCGGACCCGGUUAUUCAUAUGUUGGCCACCCGAGCCGCUUCGAAUCCAGAGCUGAAGGCGUUAAUGAGAAUUGUAGCAUCAAGCAAGGCGAACCAGGCUCAGCUGCGCGCCUUCCAAGCUCAUAUUGAUGAGCUUAAUGCCAUUCUUGCGAGCAGAAGACAAAAUGAGAGUCAAAGUGUAGCGGCACACCUCAAGCCCGAUCAGCAAGGACGACCUUUUACGCCAGGGCCGCCGCAGCCUCCCUCUUCAUCAUCAGCCCGUACUCCGCUAGCACCCGCACAACCAACCCCCUCUCAUUAUUUUCAUUCAAACGACCCAAGCAUAUCGAACCAAACAGGUCCUGCUCACGCGUCUCCUUCCACUCACUCAUCCUACCAAAAUCAACCCCCUUCGCAGUCAAUAGGACCUAAAACUUCCCAGCAGCCUCCGCCGCAUAAUACUUACUUCCACCAACAUACUCCAUCUCAACCUCCAGUCCCCCCAAAACCAGACCCAAAGGCCAUUGUAUUUGAAUUUCUGUCGCCUUCCCCAGCCGGUAACAAUUCCACUCAUACAGCCUCUGGAGACAGAUAUCUUUUCCCAGCAAAUACCAUCCUUGACUAUUUCCCCGGAGGUACAACCGUGAUUGCAUCAUUUCUGAUAAUAAAGAAAAUUGAUCCUUCUACUCCGCCGCCAGAUUUGUCUGCCAAUAAUUUUGGAAAAAGCAGGGCGAAAAAGUCAAAACUCGCCUCCGCAAUAAGAACCACUCCACCUCCAGAUACAUCACUGCAGAGCCUUGUCCCCGCACCCAAACAAGGAACCACGGAUCCAGCCACCCAGCAUUCUCCAUCUGAAAAACCGACUUCCGUAACCACCACCGGCCCGGAGAUACAGGCACCAACGACGACAACGGCAACGACAACGACAACAGAAGGAAUACCUCCUCCUUCCAAACCAAAGACAAAAGAAUAUUACCAACCCGUAACUAUACGCCUCCACGCGAGCAACCCGCGCACCCUCGAGCCCUUAGCUCGGGUCGUCAACCCGCCCGCCGAAGUCCGCAAAUACAUGAACGAUAUCAUGGACCGCAUGGAGCGGGCUGACAUCGAAUAUCUUGCCUUCCGCCUACCGCACGAGGGGGUACCUCAGACCGGUGCCGCCGCCGCCGCUACUGCUGGUGGCGAUGAAUUAUUACAAACCGUGGGUGAACAGAAGCCACAGCAGCAGCAAGCGCGUAGUGCUAGGAGGAAAAGCAAAGGGCGUGGAGAGAAGACUGUGGAUAGUGAGGCGGAAAACGGUGUGGCUGUAAAGCAGGAGGGCGGCGGUGGCGAUGACGAUGAUGAGGGUAAUGUUGAGGAUGUGCAGUUUGAGGAGGAGUUGAAGGAGUUUUAUGACAUGCCGAAUGGCAUCGUGCCGCUUCGAUGA